AUCUUUGAGGGUGCAAAUUGAGAUUCGAACGAUCUUUCGGGGUGCAAAAUGAGAUUAACCCUAGAUUUUAUAGGGUUGUAUAAAGAUUAACAAUAGAUCUUGGUCCAAUGAAAUGGAAAAUUUUCCUAUAGUAGUAUUUGAAGAGACUUAGAUACUCUCUCUAUUUUUUUUUCCCGCAUGGGGUGGCAGCACGGGUGUGCUCUUUCUCGUUUCUCUAAAUGUUAAUUUCCUCCUUGUGAGCGAGGGCUAUCUAUGUAGAUUCAGUUCGAAUUUUAAAAGAUGGGCCUAUGACGAACCAUAUUGGUGUUGCGUGUUGAAAUGAUGAAUGUUAUUUUCUUUUGGUUGUAUGAAAGUUGAUGCUGUGUAAUUGCUUAUGGUAUAUCCCUUGAAUUCUCUAUUUUGCUUAUAAGAUCCUACUUACCAGGAAAAGUGUUAUUGCUUUUGCCUCCAGACAUAAUGUAGUUACUCAUUCAUGAUUUUUCCCUGGUAAAUAAUAUAAUCUUACCAAAAUUUUUGGAGUUUAUAUUUGCUUGUAGGACCGAAGAUCUCCAUGGGCCAUUUGGGGAAUUUGGUCCUGUCAAAGAUGUUUACUUGCCGCGAGAUUACUAUACUGGGGAGCCGCAUGGCUUUGGUUGUAUGCAAUAUGUAGAGCCUACUGAUGCUACUGAAGGCAAAUACCAGAUGGAUAGUCAGAUUCUUCCUGGAUGAGUGAUGUCUGUUGUAUUUGCUGAGGAAAGUCGAAAGAAGCCUUCUGAGAUGAGGGCAAGAGGCCGUUGGUCAAUCAUAUGACCGAAGGUGGUCCCCACGUUGUUAUUCUAGAUCACCACAGUAUGCUCGACCUUACUCCCGAGGCCCAGAUUAUUAUUCCCCAUCCCCAAGGUGAAGGCGUUACUCAAGAUCAAUUUCGACAUGUGAGCGAAGGUAUAGAGAGAAGUCUUACCCCAGGCCCCCCUAUGGCUCUAGAAGCCGAAGCCAAGGCAUUGAUUAGGAGUAGGAGCAUCGAGUGUUACUAGGUACGACCACUGUAGAUAAAGGUCUUGCUUGGAUUUGAGUGCCCCAA